GAAUCUCAUCUUUUAGAGAACCCACUCAAAAUCAAUAGGCCAGAGUUAGUUAUAGUAUAACAAAAAAAAAUAUCCACCCUACCCUAUAUCUAAUAUUUUACUGUGGUAUCAUGCUGAAAAUUUUGUCUAUACGACUUAUUAAUCGAACACUCUGAUACGAUAUUAAUAAUAAGUUGAUUCAAUAAUUGGAGUUUCCACCUAACAAACACGAGCACUUCUACUAUGCUAUAUAGCAUUGGUGCUUUAAUGUACAACUCAAAGUUGUACCAUAACAUUAAAUGUAUAAGUUUAGGUUGUACCAUAAAACAAUUUGUACCAUUAUGUUAUGGUACAACUUUACAACUUGAACUUGUACCUUUACAUAAAGGUACAAGUUCAAGUUGUACCAUAAAAGAAUUUGUAAAAAAAGUAUAGGUACAAUCUGAAGUUGUACCAUAACGUAAAUGUACAAUUUUAAGUUGUACAAUAAAGGCAAAAACUUAUAGCACCAAUACUAUAUAGCAUUGUAAAAUUUCUCAACAAACACACCCACUAUCUCUUUCCUCCUCUCAAAUAUUUACUACCUGAAAUCAGUCUCCUCCUAGUUUUACUCUGACAAGAAUCUUGGAAAGGAAAAAAGUGAGUUAGAGAGCAGACGAUGUGCAAAAAUACGUGCAAGUAAGGAUGAUGGACGAUACGUGAAGUUGAUCAAUCAAUCUUUAAAGUUGACUCUUAUGAUUUAUUUGUACAUGUUGGCUGAGAUGAGAUGGAUUGAGGUUGACCAAAGGCAUGCAAUGAAAUUCUUUAUAGCGACAGAUUCAAAGGGGAUGAUAACCUGGUUGGAUUACACUACUCUAAUGCUUAGCUAGUGAGAAAGAAGCACUCUCGAUCCACUCCACAUAUAUGCAAGCAUUGCUUUGAUUCUUCAUCUUCUUCUUCUUUUUUGGUAAGAAUUGCAUUGAUUCUUUGACUAGCUAUAUAUUUUCUCAUCGUGUAGUGGGGAUCGCAUUUGUUUGUUUGUUUGUUUUGGCACUAUUUGGGCUGACUUGACCAGCUGCGAGCUGACCAACUGAUGUCUCUCAUGAAUGUCCUAUUUGAGGUAGACUUAUGUACAUUGUUAGUAAACGGUAUAUGAUACACGAUUGGACCUUUCUCAAUAAUUCGAGUUAUAGGAAUUAACUGGUUCUUGACAUGGUAUCAGAGCCUUCUGUGACCGAGAGAUCUUCUGUUCGAUUCCCGAUGACCCUCAUCUAUUCCCGUGCAAACUUCAAGCCCAUAUAUAGUGGUUUUCGUUUGGGGGGUGUAUUAGUAAAUGGUAUAUGAUCCACGAUCGAAUCUCUCCCAACUGUUGCGGGAGUAUUGUCCAUGCAUGCUCUCGUGUUAUUAUUAUUAUGAAUCGUUUUGUCCGCGUUUGUUAAGUUGAGGGACUUGAUUGUUAUUGUCCACUUAACUAGCUCGUCUCAUGCUUACUCGGCUAGUUAUAUAAGCUGUAGCUGCCGCAACAUUGGAGGUUGUAAGAGUGGGUUCAUUAAGCUUAAUAAUUGGAGUAGUCUAGUUCACAACAAACGAGGAAACCACGUAAAAUGGUGUGUUGUGUGAUUGUUUCUGCUUUCGCGUAUUAGAUUUUUUCAUGGUAUCAGAGCUUGGUUUAGAUCCAGGGUUCAUUUUUGCUCGGUCCACUACGAAAACGAGACUUCAAAAGUUAAGGGAUUUGAGAAUGGAACAAAAGACGGGCUAAGCUCAUUCCGCUUAGUUCGUCUUCGGUUCGACGAAGCUCAUCUCGCUGAUUUAGAAUCAUCAUGAGUGAUGACAAUAGUAAGGUAGCAAGCAAUGGCAGCACAAAGGCUCCCGUCGACGAAAAAUUCCUUACAUCCAACGUGAACUUUGUAUAUUUUCUUCCUCAAUCCUACUCGCAACACGUGGGUGACUUGCUGACUCCUAGCAACUAUGGAGAAUGGGUAAUUGACAUGACCGACUCUUUGCUAGCCAAGAAUAAGUUAGGGUUUGUUGAUGGAACCAUACAUCAACCAACCACACCACGAGAGAAAGCGGCGUGGACGAGAGUUGAUGUAACACUCAAGGGCUGGCUUAAGGCCUCCAUGACUCUGGAGGUGAGACGUAGAAUCAGACUCGCGAAGACGUCAAAGCAUAAGGGAUGAUCUUAAAGCUCACCUUGGACAAGGUAGUGACCCUCGCCACUAUGAGCUUCGUCGUUUGACUAGUUUGUUGCCACAAGCAAAGCUGAGUGUCUCGACUUACUACACUGAGCUGUGCACACUCUGAGAGGAGGCCGAACGAAUUUCUCACACGUCCCCAUGCACUUGCGCUCAAUGCGUGUGAGACCUAGGGAAAAAGACUCGUGGUAGAGAUGAUAGUAAACAUCUUUUUGAAUUUCUGAUGGGGCUAGAUUAUGUAUUUUCCACAGUAUAGUCCCAAAUAUUGUCAAUGAAGCCUAAUCCUACUAUCACUGAGGCAUAGAACAUGAUAUCUAUGGACGAAUAGCAGCAAAAAAAUUCUACGAAUCACAAGCCACGGGUUGAGGCGGCAGCGUUCGCAGCCAGGCAAGAGUCGUCCAUGGAGAAGGGAGCUUAUCGAGACCAAGAUUCUCGUCCUCGGUUCCCGCAAUGUAAGAAAUUGGGCCAUACAAAGGAAAAAUAUUUUGAGAUUAUUGGUUAUGACUCGUCUGUACUGUCACACUAGAAAGUGGCCAAGUGUAACCACCUACUAAUGCGUAGUAUAGCGGGUUUAGCUUUAAUUGUCAACCUGGGUCCAAGAUGUGAUUACUACUCCGUGAAGUUCUUAUUAUUUAGCGGUUUAACUGUAGUGAAAUAUUAACUAAGCUAAACAAACACAAAGCAGUAAAAGUUGUGGUUUAAGUCAGAGAGAGGUUACCCAGAUAUGGUUCCCCCUAGAUAGCAGUUAAGUCGGGUUGUAAUUCUCCAAGUCCAGAUUCAAUGACAGUUAUACUGAGGAAGGUUCUUAUUCAGUCUGAAGUCUUGACUAAAGGUCUCCAGACCCCCUCAAUCUGAAUACCCGGCGGGCUACUAAUCUCCAUUGGAGUAAAAAAACUGAGACCCUAACGUGCAAAACCUCCUCUACUGGAGUAAAUCCAGUACAGAGCAUUGAAUUGACUCCUCGACUAAAGUAAUCAAUUCACCACUUUCAAUUAAGGGUGCUCUACUAACCUAGGCAGAUAUUCUCUUUCUAGGUCAAAGCAGGAACUACAGGAAUUUGAUCAGGAUUCCUGCAAUUCAGAAAAUCAUGCCUCAAUUGAAUAUAAUCAACGUCAAAAGAACAUGUACUUGGGUUCAUACAACCAAACCUAACAUACAAAUCUAGGGUUCUUCAUACCCAGGAGAGAUAGAAAGUUUACUCCAUAGAGAGAGAAGAGAAAUCAACUUCAGAUGCAAAAAUCCUUUUGUGGAGGAUGAAAAUUGGCUUCCGGUAAUCAAUCGGUACUUCUCCAAGCUUCAAUCGAGCUCCAAUGAUGUUGAAUCUCGAUCUAGGUCACUUGGAGGCUUUGUUCGUCACUUUCUCUCUCUAGUUUUUUGCUUUCUUUUUCUAAAACUCGAAUCCCCCUCCAAAGAAACCCGAAAUUCCCUUGAAACAGCAGACGCUCGUGAUACCCGGCCCAAAUACCCGGUCGGGUAUUCAUGGGGACCGACCGGGUAUUAUGAAAAGCAGUGUGCAGGCACAGGGGGAAAUACCCGAUCCCGGGCUAAAAUACUCGAUCGGGUAUUUAUGCUUCUCGGUCGGGCCCCCUUCUGCAGUUAAGUCCCAAAUAUUGUCAAUGAAGCCUAAUCCUACUAUCACUGAGGCAUACAACAUGAUAUCUAUGGACGAAUAGCAGCAAAAAAAUUCUAUGAAUCACAAGCCACGGGUUGAGGCGGCAGCGUUCGCAGCCAUGCAAGAGUCAUCCAUGGAGAAGGUAGCUUAUCGAGACCAAGAUUCUCGUCCUCGGUUCCCGCAAUGUAAGAAAUUGGGCCAUACAAAAGAAAAAUGUUUUGAGAUU